AUGAUUAAAACCACCGUUAAAAUGUUUGCAUAUAAUUUAACUUGUUGAUUUGAUAUAAUAUGUAUUAUUGUUUUGUUUACGUAGUUAUAUACCAAUAUAUUGUAUUACUGUAUAUAAUAUAACAUAGAGCGCUAUUCAGUAGCGCGCCUUGCAAAUUCAAAAAAAUCAAUCGUCGACCACUGCAGCGUAAGUACAACAGCUGGUACCUAAGUUACCAACGGCAACACCAGGCGCUAUUAACCAAAACAGUAGUUAUCAGUGCAAUGUAUGACGAAGAGAUCGACGUCAAGGAUGCCGAGGAUGUCGACAGUGAGUCAUCGGAUAGCAGUAUCGACAACGACAGCAGCAGAGAUUUGAGGACACCCAGUGCAAAACAGCGAAAGCUUUUGAUGUCCAGCGGUUCAGGUCGGAGGUCCAGGUCUAGACUCCGAGCGGUAGAUUACGAAGAAGUGGACGCGGCCGUGAAAGAAGAUCCGGACAGUUUUGACGUGCACGAAGCUCAAAGGGACUACAAUAAAGACGUCGAUCUUCUACACUUGUCCCAAGACAUUAAAGACGUAUUUAAAUACAUAUCAAUGUACUAUCCUCAGAAGACGAAACUCGAGUUUAAGUUGCAGCCGUUCAUACCGGAUUACUUGCCAGCCGUUGGUGAUGCGGAUGCGUUUAUCAAAGUGAUUGCACCCGAUCCAUCUAUACAGGCGGGCCUUGGUCUAGAGUACUUGGACGAGCCAUGCUUAAACCAAAGUGACCCGUGUCUGCUUAAUCUACAACUCCGGGCGUCAAGUUCAUCAUCAUCCAAGUCGUUGGUGGUGAAAAAAUUGGAAAGCGCUGAAAAAAAUCCAAAAGUCAUCGAUCAGUGGAUACGUGACAUAAAUGAAUUGAAUCGCGGAAAGACUUCCGCUUUUUUUUAUUCCAAAAAAAUGCCAGACGUAGAAACAAUAAUGGAACCAUGGAUGGGUGACAGCAAUCAGAAGAGCAUGCCGGAUUUCGAAAAUGCAGAUUUAUUGACUCUUAUUGAUGAAGUCUGUGAUUACUUCGGAAUCCCAAAAACCGACACAAAAGUUGAAUCUUUACACCUGUUGUUUUCCGUGUACUUGGCUAUCAAGAACUCUCGGGCUCAAAACACAACUGUUCUAGCUUCGGACAAUAGCAGUUAAUCGCAUUACUUCUAAACACAAAAGUGUUAUUUAUAAUUUUAAUAUACGACGGUGUUGUCAUUCAGUGAAUUGUAUGUAUAUAUAUAUGUAGUAUCAUUAUUUACUUUAUAUUUUGUAUGUGUAAUAAAAUAUAAAUAUAAUAUAAAUAUAACAAUCGAGCAUA